AUGUCUGUUAGUCAGUUAGAUCCGAGUUUGAUGAAUCUUACCCCGAUGAGUGCGCGCUUGCCAGUUUCCCCAUCUGGGACGCUCACGAGUGGUCCUGAUGUCUCAGGGCUCAACCUUGCGUCCGAUGUUUCUGGCUUCUCAAUUCAACAACCCCAGGAUCUUGCCAUGUCAGCUCAACCAAGUGGAACGGCCGUUGAACCAAUUGGAAAGAAGAAGAGACGAUCUCGUCGUACGCAGAAGGAGAUGGCCAUCUAUCGUGCCGAACAGGCCCAAAUCAAGAAGGUACAGGCUCAGCAAAAGGCUAAGGACAAGCGACUCAAAGGUCACGCCCGUGGGGGCAAAUCCGCUCGCUCUACUCGAUCAACUGCCCAAGGGGCAACAGUUCAAUCUGCGUCCAGAAUUUCCGAACCUGGCUCGGCCCCAGCCGCUUCCCAAACUUCAGUUCCAGAUGCCAACCCCUUGUUCAACUCGGAUGACUACGAAAACGUAUGUGGUUACCUCGAGGAGGAGUCAAACUACACACGCUUGUACGGGGAUGGGUCGAAGACAACAGUGGGGACAACUAAGGUGACCAAGGCGGCAGCUUACGACAUGUUUGCAAUCUUCAUCAAUGACAAUUCAAACCAUCGGCUUUGCCUUACCGGUAGCCAACUUCGUCAACGCAUAGAUGGCUACAAAAAGCGCUUCAUGAAGGCGAAGGAUUGGGCAGAGCAAACCGGGGCUGGUAUCGAAGAAGGCGAAGAUCUCCCGACGCUGGCGGAACUCCUCGAGAAAAAAUGUCCUUGUUAUGAGCCCGGCCUGUUGGAUUUGAACCGAUGCUCAACCGCACUUGAGAAUCUGACUGGCCAGCUCACUCCAACACCCCAAGUCGACCCAGAACUCAAUGACGAAGAGCUCCCACCGCCUCUAGACUUCAGUGGAAGCGCAAUGGACCCUUCGCCCAGCGUGACAACACAGAUAUUGCGCGCUUGUGUCAGCCAAGGUUCGGCGGGUGUUUCCUCAACCCCUGUGUCUCAAGUGCCUACGUCGGUCAUCCCUCGCCCCUCCCUGGCGGGCACCAGCCGGCGCGCGUUCCCGAACCAAUGCUCUACCAAUCCAAGCCCGGCCGCGCCGGUCAGAGAUACCAAUACGCAAGGUAAGACUACCUUGGCUUCAGCGUUCGAGAACUCGAAUUCAGAGAAGUUUGUUUACCUCAAGCAACACAUGGCGUGGGAGAAGGAGAAGGAGGACAAUCGGCUCAGUUGGGAGAAGGAAAAAUACAAUAAGGAGCUUGCCCAUGCCAAGGAUGGUGCCGAGGGGCAGAGCAAACUAGCUGCGUUGAAGCUGAAAGCCGCGCAAGGGAAGUCGGCAGCUGAGGUUGAGGGUCUGUUGAAGGCAAUCUAUGGGUGA